CCCUGUGGGACUGAGCAACUGUUAGAUCCUUGGACUUCCAUUCACAGCUACUACUGGGACAUCGUUGUGAAUUGGGCUGCAGACUCAUCAGCCUACCUGAAAGCUACAAUGAGCUUCAAGGACCCACCAACACUCCAGCAGCUGGCAAGAAGAAGCCUGCUGAAAGAUGAAGCCUUGACCAUCUCUGCUCUGCUGAACCUGCCUGUGCAACUCUUCCCACCACUCUUCAAGGAUGCAUUCACCAGCAGACAACGUAAGAUCCUGAGCCUGAUGGUGGCAGCAUGGCCCUUCCCAGUCCUUCCUGUGGGAGCUCUGGGUGGGAUUGAUCACCUGGAGACCCUGAAAGCUGUACUAGAUGGCCUUGAUUUGCUGAUGUCACAAAAGGAUCGACCUAGCAGGUGGAACCUACAAGUGCUUGAUUUGGGAAAUGCCCACCAGGACUUCUGGGAUGGUUGGGCUGGACUACUUCAUGAAGUCUGCUCUCAAGAUGUCUUUGGCAAGAACCAACCAGUGGGAAAUCAUCCCAUCCCAGGGGGGAAACAGACCAUAACUAUAAAAAUGAAUCUUUCCCUCAAGUACUGCCGACAUUCUAAAUACCUAAACUAUUUGCAUUGGUGGGCCGAGCAGAGAAAAGAUGGGAUACAGGUGAUCUGUGAGAAGCUGGAGUUUACGGGCCCUCACUGUCCCGAACUGAGGUUCUUGAAGUUUUCUUUUGUAGCCUCAAUCCAGGAAUUGGCAAUAAAGUCCAUACACUGGGAUAUAUAUAACCUUGCAUUGAUAGCCUCUUGCCUGGGCCAGAUGAAAAACCUCCAGAAACUCAUUCUCAUGAACAUCAGGAGACCUCCUGACCUUGCAGACCUACAGGAAGCCCAUAUUGUUACAGAGAUCUUUUCUGAGUUCUCCAAACUGCAUAAGGUUCACUAUCUCCAUGUGAAUAAUGUCUACUUCCUGAAAGAACGCCUGGACCAAAUGCUCAGGUGCUUUGAGCGUCCAUUAGAGACCCUUGCUAUCACUCAUUGCAGGCUUUCAGAAUUAGACAUGAGGUAUCUGUCCCAGUGUCCAAGCAUCCAUCAGCUCAAAUACCUGGACAUGAGUUACACCACCUUCAAGCCUUCAAGUCAUCGAUUUCUAGGAAGCCUACUAGAAAGACUGACAGCUACUCUGCAGACAUUAAAAUUGGAGUGCUUUCACCUCACGGACUUCCAAAUCCGUGACCUUCUGCCUGGGCUGAGCCAGUGUUCCCAGCUCACUGAAGUUGAUAUUGCGAUGAAUGAAUUUUCCGUGGUCAGCCUGAAGAAGCUGCUGAAGCAUACGGCCAACCUCACACAGCUGACCCUGGAGAAGUACCCUGCCCCUGUUGAAGUCUAUGAUGACGGUCAUAGUGUUAUUUCAGACAGAUUUGUACAACUUUGUUCUGAGCUUAUGAACACACUCAAGGGUGUAAGGCAGGCAAAGCAGGUCUAUUUUGUGAGUAUGCCGUGUUUACGUAAUUAUGAAUUCCUCAUUUAUAAUUUGAAGGGCCUGGAUUCUUCUGAGCAAUUAAGAAGGAGAGGUCUUUCCUGGGCUCUGAUAAAUGGAGAGCAGGUCUCAAGAGACUCAUUACAGUUAUAGAACAUAUGUAUUCAAGCAUUUUCGGAUGUACUUUGGAAAGAUAAUUAUUUCAUUUUCUUUGAAUGUCAGUCAAAUUCUUCUGAUUUGAGGUAGUUGUGUUGAGAUGGAAAAUCAUGAGCUUAUUUUCAGCCUAAUGUCUACAGUACAGACAAACCCUUGAACAGCAAUUAUAUCUGAAAAUUGUAGGGGUUCAUUCCAGCACUUUCUGAGUAUGAGGGACCCUAGAAGUAGGGAAGGGGAUAAAGAGUGAGGACAUUAUAAAGAUCAUAAUGGACUUGAAUAGGAGGUCUCUGUUUCAUUCUCCCUGCAGAUGGCAUCCACCUUUUUGCUCUCCCCUUACUGUUCUACAGUAUAUGGACUUAUUUUUAUGGAGUAUAAGUCUGACUGAACCUUGGAGUAUUUUUGUAUUAGACUGUUAUCACUAUUAAGCUGUAUCUCUUUCUUGGGGAGGUCCAGUAGCCUGCUAUUAUCUUCUACCACCACUGUUACCAUUAUAAUUUCUCAUAGGUUCUAAUAAAUCUGUUUUGAAUAAGCAA